CCAAACACAGGUAAAGACAGGUGUAUAUGUAUGGCGACGCAGAGAGACGACUGCAGAAAGUAACAAUGCGGAUAUGGACAUAAACUAGGGAGUGAACACUUCAACGGAAACAGGAAAUAUGUAGAGCGAACAGUGUUGUUUGACAUGCCUCUACAGCAGGUUCUUGUACAUCCCCUGGGAAACAGCUCCGGUAAAAAUGCUAAAAAGGACCAGAAAUCACAACCCUCGCCUUUCAAGAAAAAGGACAGCACAAAGGAAACUCACCACCUAGAAUCUCCGACGCCGAAGCUGUCGGAGCGAUGUGAAACCCAGCUGUCCAUGAUGUCCUCAGGGGGAGACUUAUGUCGGAUCUGUCAAUGCGACAUCUUGGAUCAGGAAGAAGAUUCCCCGCUUGUGGCACCAUGUCUUUGUUCAGGAAGUAUGAAAUAUGUCCACCAGGCUUGCCUACAGAAGUGGAUAAAGAGCUCGGACAAAACGUCCUGCGAACUCUGCAAAUACGAAUACAAAAUGACCUCAAAGGUCAAACCAUUUAUACAAUGGGAAAGGCUCCACAUGUCGACAGUGGAGCGAAGAAAGAUUACUUGUUCUGUCACAUUCCACGUGGUGGCGAUAACGUGCGUCAUCUGGUCACUUUACGUGCUCAUCGAUCGGACAACAGAAGAGGUUGAGGCCGGAGCACUGGACUGGCCGUUUUGGACCAAACUUAUUGUGGUGGCCAUCGGGUUUACUGGGGGCCUUGUUUUCAUGUAUGUGCAGUGUAAAAUGUAUGGACGACUUUGCCAGAAGUGGAAGGCUUAUAAUCGUGUGAUUUCCAUAGCCAACGUCACAGACAGUGAACGUAUCAAAACUAUUUCUCAUGAGCAACAGGAGAAAAAACCUGUUGAGGACAGCAGUGUGAUUUCCUCAGGUGACAUGGAACUUGUGUGAAUAUGACCCCUAAGGGGACUGAGAAAUUUUUCCCGACUGCAACCUGUGAUUAAAAUUCACAGUCUGGUAAAGACAGAAUAGUUAUUCCCUCUCAAAAUCAGUUUCAAACAAAUCUUUUUCCUUUUCUCAGUGCUUUUUUUGAAGAAAGGAAGGAGACCAACCUGGUAUUUAUAUGUGGGUGAACUCGAGGAACUUUAACAUAUGAACUAUAUAUAACCCGUUGAUUUGUUUUUCUUUCUUUAAAUUGUUCCUACAAAUGCUCAAGGAGCAUGCAUGCAGACUAUAUCAUUAUUAUGAAUUUUGGAAAAUAGAUAGUAAAAAUUUGCUUCAUAGGAAAUUUUGAAAAGUCCUUCAUCAUAUCAGUUUGACAUGAUCAAUUUCACAGUUGCUUCAACAGUGCUAAAAUCCAGUGUCUAGAAGAAAAAUGGUAGUGAUGUGAUUGUACGAGACCAGCGAUCUUUUCAUACAAGACACCAUUUUAUGAGAAGGUGCUUUAUUGUAGAGAAUGUACAGUACAUGUAUAUCAAUUGAGCAGAAGUCGAAAAAAUGUAGAAAAAAAUAUUGUAAUCGUCAUGUUGCUUUAAAACGGCUCUUCUAUGUAAUUUGUUUAGUGAAAAUCAAAGUUCUAAAGAAUCUGUUGCCUGGUAACAUUGAUUUAGUGUAUUUUGUAAAAACAAAAAAAUAGGAAAUGCACAUGCCAAUUUGUUUAGCCGCUUGUUAUUAGCUCACCUGGACUGAAGGUCCGGUGAGCUUAUACCUUGGCGCUGCAUCCGUCGUCUGUGAGUAGUAUAUCUUUGGUCAAAACCAUAUAGUUGGAAGAUUCAUCAAAAAA